CAUUUUUCAUGCCCAAGAGAUUAAUGCCGAUGAGACCCAGAUUCAUUAUGCAGCCACAGAUUUUGAAGGUGCUGCUUUAUAUUGGUACCUUAAUAGAGUCAUUGUGGCAGAAAAUCUGGCCUCUUUUGAUGACUAG